UUAAAAAAACUAAGAUAAUUCUUUAAAUGUGUUCCUCAUUUUUUUGAUGAGGAUCCAUGACCCAGCAGAAUCACCAGCAAUUAUUUAUGAUCUGUCGGGUCCAGUAAAGCAAAAUAUGAAUAUUCCAGUUAAUUUUCCAUUACAUUCUUCAGAGUUGCCAUAUCAGCAAAUCAUUAGUAAUAAUGAUCAGAAUCAGGCAUCAACAUUUCUUAUGUUUUUAUAUGGUGAUUCGCCUCAAGAAAACUCUAGUUUUUCGUCGGUGCCUAAUCAGCAAUUAACAAUUAAUAAUUUAGAAAUGAUGCGACCACCAGUAAAAAAAAAAAGAUGCCAAGUAAGAAAUGCAUGUGUAAAUUGUCAAAAGUCGAAUAAAAAGUGUGAAGAAGUACGUCCAUGUAGUCGAUGUAUCAAAAAUCAUUUAGUCGAUUCAUGUACGAAUUCUAAGCGAAAAAAGAGACAAAAAGGUAUUAAACGAGGUCCGUAUAAGCGUAGAAAGAAGAUAGCGAUGGAUAAUAAUAAUGUGAUUACGCCAUCUAUUGAUACGAUGGUACCUUUGGUUGAGACGCCAACUAUAAGCAAUAUGGACAGUUCUUUAAUUGAUUUUACUAGUCAGCAAUUCUUAGAAUUUGAAUCGUUUCCUAGACUUUUCAUGCAAUCGCUUUCUGUGCCUUCAUUGGAUUCUAUGACAUCAUAUCCUGUUAUGUCAUCAUAUGAAGAUAACCAUACGUCUUCGGAAACAACGAUUAAUUCAGCUAUUCAAUGCCCAACAAAACCUCAAAGUAAUCAUGCUGAAAUGAUGUCUACUUUGCUUGAUGACACCUUAAUGAAGAAUUUUAACGGACAUGUAUUAGAUAGUCGUUCAGAUCCAUCAUGCCGGCCUUUAUCACUUGGACAUGAAGCUGAUCUUGGAACCUUAGCAUCACUUUGUGCAGCUGUAUUAGGUGAUGAUUAAAUAGAAUACCCUCAAUAAAUAUAAAGAAGCGAGGAUUUGAAAGAGC